UGUGUCAACCAGCGCAGAUCACGUGAUUGAUGACGUAUGACGCGCCAAAUGCAUCACUCACCUGAACCAGGUUUCAGAUCUCAGGUGUGUUUGAUCAGAAGGGCGCGCUGUUGUCUAUAAAUACAGAUGAAUCCCAAACAACGUUUCCCGACCAGUUCUGUUGUUUCCCGUGUAUCGUAAGAAUCAACGUCAUGGCACCCGGUAAAAAACGUUCUGUGGCUUGGGAUCAUUUCAACUUGAUUUCUCCAAAUAAGGUGCAAUGUUUGAUUUGCAAACAUGAAUUUGCAUUUAAUGAUAGUACAUCCUCCAUUAUGCGACAUCUCCGCUCCGUUCAUCAUGUUGAAACUCCGCAGUCGGCAAAUCAAGCCUUCAAUCCACCUUGUAUUGUGUCAAGAAAGCAAGAACUUGAUUCUGCAUUGGUGGAUAUGAUUGUAAUGGAUGCACAACCAUUUUCAAUUGUUGAAGACAAAGGCUUCAAGGCUUUUGUCAACCUUUUGGACCCAUCCUACAUAAUUCCUAAUAGGAAGGCCUUGAGGACAAUGGUGGAGGAGAAGUACAAAGCCAAAAAGGAGAAGGCUUUAGAUGUGGUUAGCAGGGCCUCUGCUGUCAGCCUUACAGCAGACAUGUGGACAUCCAUUAACAUGGACGCUUACUUGGCUGUAACAUGCCAUUUUAUCACCGAGGAGGUGGAGCUGGCCUCUGUGGUCUUGGGGGUUCUGAAGUUUCCCCAAACCCACACUGCAGCUCACUUGGCUGAGGCCAAAAAUCUUCUCAUGGAAGAAUGGGGAAUUAAAGGGAAGGUGACAGGCCUGGUUACAGACUGUGCUCCCAACAUGGUUGCAUGUGCUAAUAUAUUACUGCUUCGGCACAUAAUGUGUUUUGCACAUAUCCUUAAUUUGGUGGUGAAAAAGUCCCUUGCCCAAACCCCUGAACUAGAGGAUAUCCGAAGUAAGGGGCGUAGGAUUCUCGGUCUUUUUAAAUCCAGCACCACAGCGAAGGAGAAGCUGUCAGAGAUGCAGCGACAGCUGGCCAGGCCAGAGCACAAAUUAAUACAAGAGGUGGAAACAAGAUGGAACAGCACAUUUAAUAUGUUGGAAAGGUUGUUUAAGGAGAGAGAGCCACUGGGGGCAGCUCUGGCCACCCUCCAUACAGACCUUCCUCCACUCACCUCAGAGGACUACCAGGCCAUACACCACUGCUUGAGCAUUCUUUCACCGUUUCAAGAGGCCACAGUUGAGCUUUCGACAGAAAAACGAGUGUCAGCAUCCAAAGUCAUUCCCAUGGUCAAAACGCUGAAACAUUACAUCUCAAGCAGGUGUGGUCAGAUCACACACCCACUUGGUGAAAAACUGGCCACUAACUUGAAGAACAAUCUCCAUGAGAGGUUUUCAGCUCUGGAGAAGGCUCUGUCAAUGGCAACCUUGUUGGACCCAAGGUUUAAAGAGCUGGGGUUCUGCAGCCAAGGCUCUGCCCACACGGCCAUAGAGCGACUCACUAAAGAGUGUGCUGCAACAAUGCAGGCGCUACUUCCAGAGGCACAGCCACAGUCGCCACCUAGAGAAGGUCCUUCAAGUCAGCAGGAAGAUGGUGGUCUCUGGGCCCUGCUGGACAGGCAUGUGGGGGUUCAACAGCAGGUGACCAGCACAACUGCCAGUGCAACAGUGGAGGUUCAGAGGUACUUAAAGGAACCUCACAUCCCAAGGACUCAGGACCCACUGAGAUACUGGGUUACCCACAAGGUUUUAUACCCACAUCUCUACAAGCUGGCAAUGAAGUUUUUAUGCACACCAGCUUCAUCUGUGCCUUGUGAAAGGAUCUUCUCCAAGGCUGGCGAAAUCGUCAGCCAAAGACGAAACAGGCUGAAGCCCAGCACAGUGGAGAAAAUUCUGUUUUUAAAUAAAAAUCUAUAACAUGUA